AUGCCACCGACGACCUCACCAACACAGCCUUUGAGGGCGAGUUCAGUGCAAAAGAGGGGCAGCAAGCCAGUCGCUUGCCAAAGAUGUCACUCGCGCAAAGUGAAAUGCUCGGGAGGCCACCCAUGCUCAAACUGCCGCGAUAACGCUGAAACGACGCCUUGCGUGUAUCCAUCGCGCGACCGACAGAUCAAGCUCAGUGAACAUCACCUGAAUGAGCUGCUAAAGGAUUACGAGCGUUUAAAGGAUCUCGAGCGCCUACGCAGCGGCCCCUCCGGGUCCGCUCAGGCUGCUGUUCCCGUCGAAGAAGCUCUCGAAAGCAACACAGCUGUGAAUGAAGCCGUGCGUAAUCCACUACUUGAGGAUAGGCCUUGGUUCCAUGCAGUGUCUUCCGAGCAUGUACCUAUCCACGUUGGGGAAGCUGCCGACGCAGCAUUUGCGACAAGAUUCCGCCAGACUCUUGCCGUAGGAAAUACCAAGCAUCUCCCUCGAAUGGACCACGUACAAGACGAUUACCUCUUGCUGCCUUCUCAAGCCCCGUUUAAUUGGCCCUCACCUGCAAGAGCACGUUUCUUGGUCAAAGUAGCCCUGUCCACUGUCUGCCAAUAUUACCAUAUCGUGCGCAAGAGCCAAGUCACGAGAAUCCUGGAAGACGCUAUCAAGAACAACGGCAAUGGUAACCGGGUAGUCAUCUGUAAGCUUUUAGCACUAUUCGCCCUAGGCGAAGUGUAUUCUGCCAAGCAUGCUUCCAUGGAUGCGGUCUUUCCCGGCUUAGCCUACUUUGCUCAAGCAAGAAGGAUGAUUAGCAUUCCUGCCGAGCGGCCGCAGAUGGACACCAUAGAGGUCACCCUUCUAUUGGUUCUUUAUUCCUUCACGGUCAAUCGUCGCCAUUCGGCUUACAUCUUCGCAAGCUCUGCCUGUAGACUGGGUCUCAUAAUGGGCAUGAAUAUGAACAUACCGGAACAUCAGUGCCCCGAUCGGCUUACGAGGGAGCAUCGCGUACGGCUAUGGUGGUCUGCAUAUGCUCUUGAUAGAUCAUGCGCAUCAAAACUCGGUCUUCCAGUAUCUGUUGCUGAUGAAGAUAUCAUGGUAGACUUUCCCAGUAGUGACGGUCUCGAUGCUGCAGAAGAAGGCGAUUUUGGCGACACUGAUUACAGCUUAAAUAGCAUCAAGUUGGCCAAACUUGCUGCUCGAUUGACAAGAGCUAUCUACAGUAGGAGAAACCAUCACGAUUCGUUUUCCAAAAGGGUUCAGGCGAUGCUCAAGGAUCUCACUAAAUGGAUGGACGACCUGCCAGUUAAGUUUCAUCUCAAGGACAACGACAAUUCAGCACCUAUCCACAUUGUCUACAUACAUCUGCGCUUCAACCAGUGCUGUAUUCUUGCCACACGACCGAUACUUCUACAUGUUCUCCGCAGCCACAAGCAGUCAUGGUCAGAUCCAACUAUCGAUCCCAAACGUAACCUUCCUGAAGGCGCUCUCGCACUUGCGGAAACAUGCAUUCAAUGCGCGCGUCACAGUUAUCGCAUCCUUACGGAAGCCUGGAUUCACGGGUCCCUGGCUACGCUGGAUUAUUUCGACACGCAAUACUUCUUCUCAGCUACUACGGUCCUCGCUAUUUCUAGUCUUCUGCAGUCACCGCGGAGUCAAGCAGACGGUGACGAUUUCAACAACGCGGUGGAGUUGUUACGACAGCUUGCUCGAAGCGGUAACUAUGGCGCAAAAGAGUUCGUCAAGCAUAUGGAUGCGAUAGAGCAAAGUAUGCAACUUGUGGCAGAUACCAGCUUUGCGCUAGGUCGACCACAACAAACGUCUGUGGCCAGUGCGGAGCAAUUGCUUCCUCCUUCCAGCGAGGCAAUGACCGCUGGUAUGGCUCUUGCCGAUCCUUCCCUUCGGUACUUUCUUUCCGAAUCUGAUUUAGAUCUUCAAGCUUUUAGUAACCCUGCUUUUGACGAAUUGCAAACACCAUACUGGUGGGCGGACGGUUGGGGAGUGGGUGGAGAUAUCUGA